UCAUACUUAUUCUCAUCUUCCUUCCCCUCAUCAAAACGACUCUUUAAGAGUAAGUGAAAAAGAAAAGAAGCAGAGUAAGAGUGAGAUAUACAAUGGAAACGAAAGCACCAAUCUCUGGGGAUACAAUGGCGAAAGAGAAGGAGAGUAGCAACGCUCACGUCCACUUGACGGUUGAGCUAGAUGCUGGAGCUCUAUUUGUGCUUAAAUCUCGAGGAUCAUGGUGGCAUUGUGGGUAUCAUUUGACAACAUCUAUAGUGGCUCCAUCACUACUAAGCCUUCCUUUUGCCUUCAGACUGCUUGGUUGGGUUGGUGGAAUUAUAUGCCUUCUUUUUGGUGGUUUUGUCACUUUCUAUGCCUACCAUCUCUUAUCUCUCGUUUUAGAGCAUCAUGCUAUGCGUGGUUCUCGUCUACUUAGGUUUCGAGAUAUGGCUACAAAUAUUCUCGGACCGAAAUGGGCCAUCUUCUAUGUGGGCCCAAUUCAAUUUGGAGUGUGCUAUGGUUCUGUUGUUGCUGGAAUUCUUAUUGGUGGUCAAAAUCUCAAGUAUAUAUAUGUGUUGUGUAAUCCAGAAGGGAGGAUGCAACUAUAUGAAUUUAUAAUAAUAUUUGGAGCAUUAAUGCUAAUUUUAGCACAAAUUCCAUCUUUCCAUUCUAUGAGACAUAUCAACCUUAUCUCUCUCACUCUCUCCCUGGCUUAUAGUGCUUGUGUAACGGCGGCUUCUUUGAAAUUAGGUUAUUCCAAAAAUGCACCUCCAAGAGACUACUCUGUUGAAGGGUCACCCGUUAGCCAGUUAUUUAAUGCCUUCAAUGGCAUUUCAGUCAUUGCAACUACCUACGCUUGUGGAAUGCUUCCUGAAAUACAGGCAACAUUAGUAGCUCCAGUGAAGGGGAAGAUGUUCAAAGGGCUAUGCCUUUGUUAUGCAGUAAUAGCAGCCACCUUUUUGAGCGUUGGAAUUUCAGGGUAUUGGACUUUUGGAAAGGAGGCCAUGGGAACCGUUCUUUCUAAUUUCAUGUCUAACAAUCUUCUCCCCUCUUGGCUUCUCAUCAUCACCAAUGCCUUUUGCCUCUUACAAGUCUCUGCUGUUGCCGGCACUUACUUACAACCCACAAAUGAAGUAUUUGAGAAGAAAUUUGCAGACCCAAACAAAAAUCAAUUCUCAAUGCGCAACAUUGUGCCAAGGAUAAUAGCACGGUCGUUAUCAGUGGUGAUAGCCACCAUAAUUGGAGCUAUGUUGCCUUUCUUUGGGGAUCUAAUGGCAUUAAUUGGAGCAUUGGGAUUCAUUCCUCUUGAUUUCAUUAUGCCAAUGGUUUUCUACAAUGCCACUUUCAAGCCUUCAAAACGUGGCUAUCUUUAUUGGCUUAACACUUUGAUUGUAGUAGUUUCAUCGGUCUUGGCAUUUAUUGGGGGUGUUGCUUCCAUUCGACAAAUCGUUUUGGAUGCCAAAGAAUAUCGAUUGUUUGCGAACGUGUGAGCCAAAUAUUGGUAACGCAAGUGUUCGAUGUCAAGUAUUUAUAAUACGGUAAAACUAUAGUGUGUUUUGUCUUAGGAUUGAAUUUCUUGUUCAAGUAUUAUAGAUACUGUUGUUCAAUUUUUCAACUUUGAAACUUGUGUCUACUAAAUCUUUGAACUUUAAAUGGAAAUGUAAUAAGUUUUAAAAUUUUCAAUCUAUAUCUAUUGUGUUCU